GGGGCGGGGAGCUGAGGACGUGUAGCCGCUCUGCCUCUGCAGUCUCUCGGACCACACUGCGGAUCACACGGGGUCAAAAAAAUGGUGAAAAUUACGGCCGUUAAGACCAAAGCCUACACGGACCAGAAGCCCGGGACGAGCGGGCUGAGGAAGAGGGUGACGGUGUUCCAGCAGAACCAGCACUAUGCGGAAAACUUCAUCCAGAGCAUUAUCUCCGUCAUCGAGCCGGCCGAGCGACAGACGGCCACUCUGGUGGUGGGAGGAGACGGCAGGUUCUUCAUGAAGGACGCCAUUCAGCUGAUAGUCCAGAUAGCCGCAGCCAACGGGAUUAAUCACCUUGUAAUUGGUCAGAAUGGCAUAAUGUCCACCCCAGCUGUCUCCUGUGUGAUCCGCAAGAUAAAGGCAGUGGGUGGCAUCAUUCUCACAGCCAGCCACAACCCAGGGGGUCCAAGUGGAGACUUUGGCAUCAAGUACAAUAUUUCCAGUGGAGGACCUGCUCCUGAAGGCAUUACAAAUAAAAUAUUUGAGAUCAGCAAAGGCCUACAGGAGUAUCAUAUCUGCCCUGAGCUGAAAGUGGAUCUGGCUAAGAUUGGGAAGCAGACCUUCGAAGUGGACACUUUUAAGCCCUUCAUAGUUGAGAUUGUUGACUCGGUUGAAGCCUACGCUGAGAUGCUGCGAGGCAUCUUUGAUUUUGCUGCACUGAAAGAUCUUCUUUCUGGCCCCAACCACAUUAACGUGCGCCUGGAUGCUAUGCAUGGAGUGGUUGGCCCUUAUAUUAAGAAGAUAGUUUGUGAAGAGCUGGGUUCUCCUGCCAACUCGGCUGUGAACUGCGUCCCCAAGGAGGACUUCGGCGGUCAUCACCCUGACCCCAACUUGACCUACGCCGCUGACCUGGUUAACACCAUGAAAAGUGGAGAAUAUGACUUUGGAGCCGCCUUUGAUGGUGACGGUGACAGAAACAUGGUGCUGGGAAAACAUGGCUUCUUUGUGAACCCCUCCGAUUCUGUGGCUGUCAUUGGUGCCAACAUUACCUCCAUCCCGUACUUUAAAAAGACUGGUGUCAAAGGCCUGGCCCGCAGCAUGCCCACCAGUGGAGCCUUGGACAAUGUAGCCAAAGCUCUGAAGAUGCAGCUGUUUGAGACUCCAACAGGGUGGAAGUUCUUUGGUAAUCUAAUGGAUGCUGGUAAACUCUCACUGUGUGGAGAGGAGAGCUUUGGCACUGGUUCGGAUCAUAUCCGUGAGAAGGAUGGCCUGUGGGCCGUGCUGGCCUGGUUGUCCAUCUUGGCCACCAGAAAACAAAGCGUGGAAGAGAUCAUGAAGGAUCACUGGCAGAAAUUUGGCAGGAACUUUUUCACAAGGUACGACUAUGAGGAGGUUGAUUCAGAUUCUGCAAACAAAAUGAUGAAGGAUCUGGAGACGCAAAUGUCCGACCCGUCCUUUGUUGGGAAGAAGUUCUCAUCGGGUGACAAGACGUAUGAGGUGGCUGUUGCUGAUAACUUUGCCUACACAGACCCAGUGGACGGAAGUGUGUCCAAAAACCAGGGCCUCCGGAUCAUCUUCUCUGACGGUUCCAGGAUCAUUUUCCGUCUCAGUGGCACAGGCAGCGCCGGGGCAACCGUCAGGCUGUACAUAGACAGCUACGAGAACGAUGCCCAGAAAAUCUUCCAGGAUCCACAGGUGAUGCUGGCCCCUCUGGUGGACAUCGCCCUGAAGGUCUCCCAGCUCCACGAAAGGACCGGACGCACCGGCCCCACUGUUAUCACAUGAUUCAGCAACAUAAAUGCCUCCACCCUUUGUAGGGGGGUUAAGCUGCCCCCAGAAUGCUGUCAUAGCCUUUGUAAAGCUGGAGUUGGAUUAGGAAAAAAAAGGGAAACACAGGAUCAAAAGACAAAUAUCCACAAGUUGCUCUGACUUAUUCACUGCCUUCUUUUUGUACUAAACCAGAUUGAUGUAUCGGGCUGUUUAUAAAGAGGUACUGUUAUCUGUCUUGACACAUUUCACUCAACUGCCUGACAUAGAGAGUUGCAGGAACAGUUUGGGAAAUAGUGCAUUUUUACCACCCUGUUAGCAUAUGUUCUCCUUUGUGAUUUCACAUAAAAACAGUGCUGAACUAGAGCUUGUGUCGUUUCUGGAAACCUUUUUUGUUCCAUGAAAUAUUUAUGUCUGUCAAUCGUCAAGCAUAAAAAGGACAGAGCUGCAUAACUGAGCAUAAAUCGGCUAUUCUGGGCAGCCUUAUCCCCCUUUUCUUCACUUUUCCUCGUGAGGAUGUCGGAUCUUCCUUUUUCUGUGUUUAUCCAUCGCCUUUAAACCUGAGCCACAGUUGUAGUAUUAAGAAUUACUGAACCGACUAUGAAUAAAAGAGCCUUGUGGAAA